UGCGGGCGAGGAAGACGAAGAAGAGGAGCAGGUGCAGAGAGCGAGGGCGGAGAUGGAGGUGGGCUUCUUGGGGCUGGGCAUCAUGGGGAAGGCAAUGGCGGCCAACCUCCUCCGCCACGGCUUCCGCGUCACCGUCUGGAACCGGACCCUCUCCAAGUGCGACGAGCUCGUCGCGAUGGGCGCUACCGUCGGGGACACGCCGGCGGCGGUCGUCGCCAAGUGCAAGUACACCAUCGCCAUGCUCUCCGAUCCCAGCGCCGCGCUAUCCGUUGUUUUCGACAAGGACGGUGUGCUCGAGCAAAUCGGGGAGGGGAAGGGCUAUGUGGACAUGUCCACUGUUGAUGCCGCAACAUCUUGCAAGAUAAGCGAGGCAGUUAAACAAAAAGGCGGAGCUUUUGUUGAAGCUCCAGUUUCAGGGAGCAAGAAGCCAGCUGAAGAUGGUCAAUUGGUCAUUCUUGCUGCAGGGGACAAGGCACUAUAUGAUAACAUGGUCCCUGCAUUUGAUGUACUUGGGAAAAAGUCGUUCUUCCUGGGGGAGAUAGGAAAUGGAGCAAAGAUGAAACUGGUUGUCAACAUGAUCAUGGGAAGUAUGAUGAAUGCUUUUUCUGAGGGACUCUGUUUGGCUGACAAAAGUGGGUUGAGCCCCCAGACGCUUCUUGAUGUCCUGGACCUCGGCGCGGUCGCAAAUCCAAUGUUCAAGAUGAAAGGGCCUUCAAUGUUGCAGGGCAGCUACAAUCCUGCAUUCCCCCUCAAGCAUCAGCAGAAGGAUAUGAGGUUGGCUCUUUCCCUAGGAGAUGAAACUGCUGUGGCCAUGCCAGUCGCAGCUGCUGCGAAUGAGGCAUUCAAGAAAGCAAGAAGUUUGGGACUAGGGGACCUGGAUUUUUCAGCGGUCCACGAGGUGUUGAAAGGAGCGGGUGGCUCAGCUUGAGCGUGACGAGGGAUGGUUUUGUCUGGAAGUCUGAAUGUUUAAAACCAUAUGUCAUGGCCAUGCAGUUUUUUCAAAGGGACCGUACGUAAUUCGUCCAAUCCACAUGGCUUAUCAUUCGUAUUGGUGUGCACAUUCAACAGCUGCUGCCGGAUUGUAUGUUUAUAGCGACAAGUUUGGAAAUAUCAGCUUGUGCAUGAGCGAAC